UGCUCGAGUCCGAGUUCUUUUCUCAUCCCCUCUCUCUGGAGCCAGAGGCGGGGGGAUCUCGGCCAGCUUGGGUUAAUGCCGUCCGUGUUUUUUUCUUUUAUUUGCAUCGGAGUUUUGAAUGAAGCAAGCAUUUUGAGAAUGAGGCCUUUUGCAGGGCUUGAUGCUUGUGCAGCUGGUUUAGUUUCUCCAGGCGUUUCUUAUUCUGUCCUCCACUCUUUCUGGGUCACUGAUGAUCCCGGCUUUCCCCUGCAAAGCAACCUGGGAAAACUUGAGUUGUGUUCUCAGAGUUGACACAUUCCCGCUGAUUUCAUGUUCCGUGUGCUGUCAAUGAAACCCGAAUUUUGUCCUCACUAAGCUGCCAUCAGACAUCUUUCAGAUGUCCUGAAGACCAUCCUUGGGGAGACACAGGAAGAGGAGGAUGAGAUCCUUCCGAGGAAAGACUAUGAGAGUCUGGACUAUGACCGCUGCAUCAAUGACCCUUACCUGGAGGUAUUGGAGACCAUGGAUAAUAAGAAAGCGCGAAGAUAUGAGGCAGUGAAAUGGAUGGUGGUGUUUGCCAUUGGCGUCUGCACUGGGCUGGUGGGUCUCUUUGUGGACUUCUCUGUGCGACUCUUCACCCAGCUCAAGUUCGGAGUGGUUCAAACCUCGGUGGAGGAGUGCAGUCAGAAAGGCUGCCUUGCCCUGUCCCUCCUUGAACUCCUGGGUUUUAACUUGACCUUUGUCUUCCUGGCGAGCCUUCUCGUCCUGAUAGAGCCAGUGGCAGCGGGUUCUGGAAUCCCUGAGAUCAAGUGCUAUCUGAAUGGUGUGAAGGUGCCAGGAAUCGUCCGGCUCCGGACCCUGCUCUGCAAAGUCUUUGGGGUGCUGUUCAGUGUGGCUGGAGGGCUCUUUGUGGGCAAGGAAGGCCCCAUGAUCCACAGUGGUGCUGUGGUAGGAGCCGGCCUCCCUCAGUUUCAGAGCAUCUCCUUACGGAAGAUCCAGCUAAACUUCCCCUACUUUCGCAGUGACAGAGACAAGCGGGACUUUGUAUCAGCCGGGGCAGCUGCUGGAGUUGCUGCAGCUUUUGGGGCCCCUAUAGGGGGCACCUUGUUCAGUCUGGAGGAGGGCUCGUCCUUCUGGAAUCAGGGGCUCACGUGGAAAGUGCUCUUCUGUUCCAUGUCUGCCGCCUUCACCCUCAACUUCUUCCGUUCUGGGAUUCAGUUUGGAAGCUGGGGCUCUUUCCAGCUGCCCGGGUUGCUGAACUUUGGUGAAUUUAAGUGCUCUGACUCUGAUAAAAAAUGUCACCUCUGGACAGCUAUGGAUUUGGGUUUCUUCGUCGUGAUGGGGGUCAUUGGGGGCCUGCUGGGAGCCACAUUCAACUGUCUGAACAAGAGGCUUGCAAAGUACCGUAUGCGCAACGUGCACCCGAAACCUAAGCUCGUCAGAGUCUUAGAGAGCCUGUUGGUGUCCCUGGUGACCACUGUGGUGGUGUUUGUGGCCUCCAUGGUGUUAGGAGAAUGCCGACAGUUGUCUUCUGCGAGUCAAACUGGUAAUGGCUCGUUCCAGCUACAGGCCUCAUCAGAAGAUGUGAAUUCUACCAUCAAGACAUUUUUCUGUCCCAAUGAUACCUACAAUGACAUGGCCACACUCUUCUUCAACUCCCAGGAGUCUGCCAUCUUGCAGCUCUUCCAUCAGGAUGGGACUUUCAGCCCCAUCACCUUGGCCUUGUUCUUCACCCUCUAUUUCCUGCUGGCAUGCUGGACUUUCGGCACUUCUGUCCCCAGCGGCCUCUUCGUGCCUUCGCUGCUGUGUGGAGCAGCUUUUGGACGUUUAGUUGCCAACAUCCUGAAAAGCUACAUUGGACUGGGCCACAUCUAUUCUGGGACCUUUGCCCUAAUUGGUGCAGCAGCUUUCUUGGGUGGGGUUGUGAGAAUGACCAUCAGUCUCACGGUCAUCCUGAUCGAGUCUACCAAUGAGAUCACAUACGGGCUUCCCAUUAUGAUCACUCUGAUGGUGGCCAAGUGGACGGGGGACUUUUUCAAUAAGGGCAUUUAUGACAUCCACGUGGGCCUGCGUGGCGUGCCUCUUCUGGAGUGGGAGACAGAGGUGGAGAUGGACAAGCUGAGAGCCAGUGACAUCAUGGAGCCCAACCUGACGUACGUCUACCCACACACGCGUAUCCAGUCUCUGGUGAGCAUCCUGCGCACCACCGUCCACCACGCCUUCCCAGUGGUCACGGAGAACCGGGGCAACGAGAAGGAGUUCAUGAAGGGCAACCAGCUCAUCAGCAACAACAUUAAGUUCAAGAAAUCCAGUAUCCUCACUCGUGCCGGUGAGCAACGCAAGCGGGGCCAGUCCAUGAAGUCCUACCCUUCCAGCGAGCUUCGAAAUGUGUGCGAUGAGCAUGUGGCCUCGGAGGAGCCCGCAGAGAAGGAGGAUCUGCUGCAGCAGAUGCUGGAGAGGAGAUACACUCCCUACCCCAACCUAUACCCUGACCAGUCCCCGAGUGAAGACUGGACCAUGGAGGAGCGCUUCCGCCCGCUGACCUUCCAUGGCCUCGUCCUGCGCUCGCAGCUCGUCACCCUGCUUGUCCGAGGAGUGUGUUAUUCGGAAAGUCAGUCUAGUGCCAGCCAGCCACGCCUUUCUUAUGCGGAGAUGGCCGAGGACUACCCGCGGUAUCCGGACAUACAUGACCUGGAUCUCACAUUGCUGAAUCCCCGGAUGAUUGUGGAUGUCACCCCAUAUAUGAACCCUUCACCAUUCACUGUCUCCCCCAACACCCAUGUUUCCCAAGUUUUCAACCUGUUUAGAACCAUGGGCCUGCGCCACCUGCCUGUGGUGAAUGCGGUGGGAGAGAUUGUGGGGAUCAUCACUCGACACAACUUGACGUAUGAGUUCCUGCAGGCCCGGCUUCGGCAGCAUUACCAGACCCUCUGACAGUUGAGCUUGGCUGCCACCAGCCCACUCUCCCAGAGAUGCCUCUGCAGGUGGCCUGCUCACACACUGGCCCCCAUAGCUGGCAUGAAGGCUUCCGGUCACCCACUUGCCUGGAGUCCUGGAAGACUGGGGUCAGAGGUUUCAGUGAUGUGUUGAGCAGAAAGUUGGGGUUUUACUAACUUCUCAGCAAGUAUUUUCCGUUUCUCCUUCCCCAGGCUCCCGUGGAGAGACAUCAGGGAGAAGUCAGGCUGGGUCCUGGGUAGGCACUUGGUGCUUCUCUGUUGCUGUUUCUCAGAGAACCCAGCUGUUGCCCAGACCCUUCUAGGAAGGGUGGGCAGAGGCAAACAUCGGGGGUGUUAUUUGCAUAUCAUGUUCAUUACUGAGUUCAGGAAUUGGGCCUGAGAAAGGUUCCCAAUGUCAGGGAAGCAUAGGAUCAAGCCCGGGACCUCAGAUCCUCUAGAGCUCUCUGCCUCUCCUUUGGCCUUUCUUCUCAUUCUGUUUCCUGGGAGUGGGCAUGUGCUCGCCCUGUGGCUUGGUCUCCUUAGAAUCAGUUCUGAUCAGACCCAUGAAGCACUAAAACCCUAGCUAACAGCCUUUGAACCGUUAAAUCCCAUCAUGGGGACAGCGCCUUCUCCCUUCGCUGUAGGCAUUCAGUAGUCCCAGCAACAGUUACACCCGGUCUUCCAGUACCAUGCUCUCUGUCCACUCUCAGUCCGUUCCUCCCCCAGCCACUGGACUUUCCAAGCCUUCAUCUUUGUCUUUCUGGUGGUGCAGCCCCAGCUGUGUCUUGGACUCAUUCCCAAAGUUAACCAAAAUUGAGGAACCCCCUCGACAGAACCGAUACCCCAAGCCCUAGAGGAUUUGGAAUAGCUCUACAAGCUGGCAAACAGGCGUCCCUGAGCCAGGGUCAAUCAAAGGUACAGCCUUAAGAGGAAGCUGGUGGCUCCGCUCUUGGUCACUGCUCACUCCUGGCUUCCCACGCCACUCCCUGCUUAGCCCUCUUCCUGAGGACUUGGAGAGGAGCUUUUGCAGCUGCUGGGCUUGGGCCUGGGGAGGGAGUGGAUGCUCCUGCCCCUUGUGCCUCACAGCUGCUGGUCCUCUCUGGGUGGUACCUCAGGGAACAUCAGAACUCACUUUACUGCACCCUCGGGCCCCUGUGGUGGCUGUCCUUGGAUACCAGGGGAUUUUCAUUUGCAUUAAAUACUGUUUUUUCUCUUCUUUGGUUUUUUGAGACAGGGUUCCUCUGUGGCUUUGGAGCCUGUCCUGGCACUAGCUCUGUAGGCCAGGCGGGUCUCGAACUCACAGAGAUCCGCCUGCCUCUGCCUCCCAAGUGCUGGGACUAAAGGCGUGCGCCACCAUCGCCCGGCUAGCUGGGAUAUUUCUAAGCAGGGAUCUAUCUGGCCCAGCUGCAGCUUCAUUUUACAACUGACUUGAGUGUCUGCCCUACUGUAUCCUCCAUCGGGAAGGAAACCAGUUGCCCACACCAAGAGAAAAGCUUGACACACUACAGAAUCGUCUUCCCAGCCUAUGGGUUUGCAGAAUAGCAGCCUGCAGAGGACCUGAGUCCACAACUUGCCUCCGAGACAGCCCUGGUGACCCACUGCAUUCUGUCCAUCCCGCGUGUGUGAUGAGUCACCUCCAGUGUAGCCCAGAAUAGACGGUGCGGAUACAUCUACGCUGGAGCUGGAGCCCAUGCCCCUCUGCCCCUUUGCCCCUCUAGGACACUCAGCCUCUGUGUCCCUCCCCACAACCUGCCUAUCCAGAAAAGCCCAAAGACAACAGCUUCUCCACCCGUGAACUAGAGCUGUAAGCCUUGGACCCCUCCCCCACAGCUGCCCCUUGGAACCGGUGGUACAGUAUCUCACCUGCCACAUUUCAGCGCCCCCCCUCCCCCAGUGCCACAGCACCUUGUCACAACAGCUCCACGGAGGGACCCCUGAAGUACCGCCUGAGGUUGGAUCGAGGCAGUUUUCCUGCCUUCUGCACCUGGGCAUUGCGUGGCUCUCUGGUCCUGCUGUGGGAGCUUGGUGUUGUAUGAGCUGUCUGCAUGUGACCUUGGUUAAGCAGUUCCAGCUGGAAUGGACGUUAGCUUGAUUCAGCCAGCCGUGUGACAGUUUGAUGCAGACCUUGGUGACAAGAAAGCUUCCGGAAAAGCCAGCCCCGCAGUGUUGACACACAGUGGUGCCCUGGCUCCGAUGGACCUCGGUGAUUGUCCAGUUGCAUUCCGCCUUUCUGUUUGCACUGUUUAUGUGGUAACAUUAGCUGGGUCCACUGUGGAGAUGAACUGUAUCUUUUUUAAUUUGUAAAACUCUAUUUUUUAUUUGACCCUUUGGAAGGAGGAAGUUCUGUGGUAACUUUACGAAGUCAGAAUAAAAUGUCUGCACCUUCUCCAUA